CGAUCCACAUCUACGCUUGUUACCUACAAACCGACCAUCUACUAACGUUACUAUGCCUCCGAAGAAGUCUACGCCAAGGGCUGCUGCUGCUGAAACUCCACCUUCUGCAGAUACCAGUCCGCAUACACCAAAUCCUUAUUCAUGUGGGUCAAGCCCUGCUGUCCAGCCUGCCUUCAUGAGCCCUCUGGAUACUUCUGCUGCUGUUGCCCCCAGUCCUGCUCCUGCUGCUUCUGAAGAAGAGCCCAGAAUGUCUUCUACUCCAAGAUCUGCAUCUCCGGUGGUGGCAUCUCCUGAGCACUCUCUAGUGCAGUCUGCUGUCUCCUCUCCAGCCAGGUCUGUAACUCCGUCUCCAUGUCAGGCCAAGAAGACCAGUCGAGACAGGCUGCAGCUCACAGCUGAGGAUGAAGAAGACCUCGUUGACUGGUACAGGGAGCAGGAGGUCUUCUUCAACAAGACUCUGAAGGGAUACAGAGAUACGCAGAGGAAGAAUGCCCUGAUAGAGGAGAAGGCCAGGUCCAUGGGGAAGACAGCAGCAGAGUUGAAAACCUGGAUUAACUCCAUGAGGACCCAGUAUGGCAAGCUGCAGAAAAAAGGACCUUCUAGGACGGGGAAAAAGACUGUCAGGGAGAAUUGGAUCCUCAACCGGUUCUGCUUCCUGAACGACCACAUCCGCAGGAUGGCAGGCCGGGAAGAGUCCACUGUGCAGCAACCUGAAGACUCGUCCUCCUCACACGAGGAGGAGGAAGAACAUGUGCAAGAAGGUUCCCGUCCUCCCUGUGCCCUUCCCAGGCCUCUAUCUGCUAGCUCCCAGGGGACGAAGAGGAAGAGGUCACAGGAUGAGCCAGCCGGCCUCACCAACAUCCUGGAGGAGAUGCGCAGCUUCCAGUCAGCUGUGCUUGAGAGACAGCAGCAUACUCUGUUGAAGAACUACGGUGAAGAGGGGGAAGCCUGGAAGAGCCUCUGCACAACCAUCUUCUUGCAGGGGCUCAACUUAUCCCCAGAGCUGCGAGAGGACCUCAGCCACAGCAUGAUGUCCAAACUUCUGGAGGUGAAGCAGGAGGCCAGGCGUCAGAGGCAGCAACAAUAGCAUAACCACUCCUCCUCUUCCUCCUCUUCUCCUCUUCUUGCACCAGCACAACAGCAAGGGCCCCUUAUAUAUGCAUGAAGUCCGCAUCCAUCGUCUGUGUCAUAUGAGACAUGUUGGAGGAAUGAGCACAAACAUUUUGC